UGGACAUUUAAACUUUAAAGCUCCACACGGGAGAGACAGCUGUGUGUGUAAGUGUGUGCCUGUGUCCGUGUGGGUCAACGCGUCUCUCCUGCCCAGACAAGUUAUUUGGCUCUGAAGGAAUACACUCUAUAAGCCUUAUUAUUUCUUUCCAAACACGUCAGGGCUCUCGCUGGAGAAUUAAGUCCAAAAUGGGGGCAUAUAUUGCCAAGAUGCUCAUGCCCAUGAUCAGCAGCCUGGUGUACUUUCCUCUGAUCAGCAUCGCCACCAAGAGGGGAUUUCACAUGGAGGCUAUGGUCUACUUCUUCACCAUGUUCUUCACAGUGAUCUUGCAUGCCUGUGAUGGACCGGGCCUGUCCAUUAUUUGUUUCAUGAAAUAUGAAAUUCUGGAGUACUUCACCAUUUACGGCACAGCCAUCUCCAUGUGGGUCACUCUGCUAGCACUGGGUGACUUUGAUGAGCCCAAGCGCUCCACUCUGAACAUGUUUGGAGUUCUGACUACUGCAGUGAGGAUAUACCAGGACCGCUUGGGCUACGGUGUCUAUUCAGGCCCGAUAGGAACAGCUGUGCUCCUAAUCACAGUUAAAUGGUUGCAGCAGAUGAAAGAGAAGAGGUGCCUGUACCCAGAGAAGAGUGUUUACACACAACAGGUGGGCCCAGGAUGCUGCUUUGGAGCCCUUGCCUUGAUGCUGCGCUUCUACUUUGAGGAAUGGGAAUAUGCCUACGUCCACAGUUUCUACCACUUGUCCCUCGUUGUGUCCUUUGUCCUUCUGCUCCCAAAGAAGAAUCGCUACGCGGGAACAGGACGCAACGCCGCCAAACUCAAAUGCUACACCCUCUGCUGCUGCGUAUGACACAACUCCUUAUCUUACCAAAGCUGUAGAGGUGAUCCUUGCUUUAAAUGCUCAUGAGUCCAAGGGACAUGGAUCAUUAUAGUCUCUCCAGAGGACAUUUAGGUUGUGCUGGGUAGCCCAGUGAACCCUCAUGUCAUUACGAUAUCAACAGCUAACUCACUUGAACAUGCCAAAUCCAGGCCUAUACCAAUCCCCUGACUCUGUUCUGUUUUGAUCACAGGUAACCCAACCUGCGGCGGGAAAAAACAAUAAAAAGGAUAAAGUCGAGAAGACCAUUUGGAAAGAGCCCACGCAAAAGUCUUGGAUAAAGACAAGCAGUUCUGAGCUCCCACUACACGCCCCUGCGGUGGGGAAAAACAAUAAAAAGGAUAAAGUCGAGAAGACCAUUUGGAAAGUGCCCACGCAAAAGUCUUGGAUAAACACAAGCAGUUCUGGGCUCCCACUACUCGCCCCUGCGGCGGGAAAAAACAAUAAAAAGGAUAAAGUCGAGAAGACCAUUUGGAAAGUGCCCACGCAAAAGUCUUGGAUAAAGACAAGCAGUUCUGGGCUCCCACUACACGCAACCAUCUUAUAACGUGGACGUUUGUGGGAGUAAGAACUACCCUCCAGAUCAGAAGAUUUUUACCUCAGGACUGCUAGAAAGAGGUUAAAUGCAGAAAACUGUAAGGAACUGAGAAAAUGUCUCAGUGCCCAGGUAUACUAGAUAGCGCAGAGGGUCCCCAAACAACAACCUAGUAGUCUAGUAAAUCUGCACCUAACCAGGAGCCAUUAAACAAUCUGCUGCUGUGCUCUGUGGGUUUAUUGAUGAAUGGUUUAUUGAAUGAUCCACAACUUGGGACUGGCUUUUAAGAGGAGAGGGAAACGUUAAAUAGGAUUAAAUACUGAGUUCUAAAUUCACCAUCUACUUUGCACCACGGCAGAAUUGCGGAGACAAGUUUUAAAAAGGAGUUUAGAGCAUUAAAACGAAACACAAGUGAAAAAUGUUCUGGUCUUAAAAACAUCAGUAUCUUCAUC